UUUACUUGUUAAAAUUUCAAAUACUUUGUUCCGACUUUUGAAUUAAUCGGUAAACUGACUACUGUGAACGAAGAAAAACAAAAGAGCAGUUCAUAAAUUAUUCCUAUAUCUAUUUAUUUGUAUUAACAUUUGAAUGUUCAAAGUUAUUUUGUGUUUACAUUGCAAGAGGCAAUAAUGUCGUGUUUUACUGAUUUAGAAAAUAUUGACGACGAAAUUAAAGAACUUUUUAAAAACUACAAAAACAAAAGAGCUACAAUAUACGAACCAUGUACGAACAAUAAUUUCAAGGAGUGUUUAAUUGGACUUUCAGAGGAACUAGGUCUUCUCAACAUAAGUUAUGUUUUCAACCCUCAUAUCAACAUUGAAGAGGAAACCUUAAGCUCAGAUGCCUUAAUAAAACUGAUAAACGCUGUAUGGACACUCUUGCAUCAUUAUAAAAAUAUUUCAGAAAAAUGUGAAGCCUUACAAGAACAAAACUAUAUUCUGGAACAUAGUAACAAACAAUUAAAUGGAUCCAUGGGAAAAUUAAAAAAUAAACUGAACACAGAGAAAAAUGAGUCCCGAGCUUGUGUUGCUUCUGCUCAAAGGGUUUCCGAUCAAUCAAAUGAAGUGUAUCAGAAGUUAAUUGACACCCGUGCAAAGUUAAAUCAUGUGGUGAAACAAAAGGAGGCAAAUGAGAAAUCAUUACAAAAUAAGAUAGCAAGGUUGACACUGGAGAAUGAAAAGUUAACUGACAAACUUAGGGGUAAACCAGGUGGAUACACACCAUGCGCAGACGUCUGUGAUGCAACCAUCAGACAAUUAAAGGAAAAGGAGAAGAAACACAAGUCUAUAAUAGCUCAAUUACAGGCCAAUAAUCAAGAACUGUUAAACGAAGUUAUAUCUAUGAAGGAGGAGGUCAUUUUGACUGGAUUAAAAAAUAUUUAGUGUAACACUGAUUAAUUUGAAAUUGAAAAACACUGUUUUGCACAAAUAUUUAUGUUAUUAACUAGACUUGAUGUAGUCUCAAUUUUCACAAUUGACAAGUUUUAAAAAUAUUUUUCUCCAGAAGAGCUAUUUCAUUUAUUAUUAAUUCAAUCCGAUAUUUAUAAUGUUCCUCAGUUACCAAAAAGUAUUAUAAUAAGGUUGUUUUAACUUAUUUAAACACAAGUUGUAGGAUAAGCUAUUGACAAAUAAUUCAUGUUAACGAUGCUGCAUUGGCUAAAGUUUCCGUAAUAUUGUAGUUAUGUCAACUCUUUUAAGUAGAUUUAAGGCUUAAAACUAAUAUACUGGCAUCAGGCUAGAGAGUUUGUACUUUGUGUUUAUUAAACAAAAGCAAAACAAUUAUUGUAUUCAAUAUUCCAGUGACGUUACGGAUGUAACUUCCAUUCGCGAUAUCGAGAGUUACGAUCAUAAGUCGAUAUCACAAUGAAUUCUCGAUUUUAGUAGUACUAAUAAUUCGAAUUGAUAUAUUUGUACGAUAUUUACCGUUAGAUGUGCCUUCAACGCUUAAAGCUUUAUUGUUGUUCGUUUUGUAAGAAAAUAAUUAUAAAAGUAGUUUUCAAUCAUCUUUAAUACGUGGCAGGGGCUUGGGAUAAAAUUUGUUUAGCAUUACUUUGUGAGGCCUGGUCAUUGUCGAAACUUGUCAUGUUUUAAAUGAUUGUACCAUAACCUUGACUUGCUAAUGCCAUCAAGUUGUGUAUAUCCUUCAUGACCUGACAUCCAUUUUACCAGUUUUUUAACACACAAAGUACGAAAAUUGGAGAGUCCUAUUUAUUGACCGGUGCUGUAACUGAUUUACAGAUUUUGAAUACUGACGAAAUAAUUCCUUGAAUAUUAAACAAUUGUAAAGAUUUUUUAAACUAUUUCACAUGCAUAUCGAAGUUGAUAAUUAUAAUGGUUUUAGGAAUCGCUAUUUUUCGUUAAUCUAGCUACUACUAGCCACAAAUAUUAUUUUUGUCAUUUGUAUAUAUAUUGUGUCGGCACGUUUGUAUAGUGGAGAAAAUGUUAAAAUAACUACGGCCCAUUGCCAAGAACUACAUAACGACACAACCGGAUAAUAAAUAUUUCAUAUUGUUUAUAUACUUCAAAAUGUACGUGAAAUCAUAUUAUACAAAACAUUUUUUUUAUUCCUUAUCCAAUAUGCAGGAAUUAUAACCGACAAACGCAUCAUAAUGACAAUUGACAUAUUUUUAGACGUUUAAAAAUUAGUAAAUAGUACUGGUGUGUGAUUUUGUAAAAUCUGUUAAUUUGCGAGGUUAAUUGUGAUACAAUGAUUUGAUUAUUAUUAAAUAUUUUUA